AUGCGGCUUCGGGCGUUGUGUGCGAUUCGGUGCGUCUUCGAUCCUCGUCCUCCCGGUGCCGACUCGCCCUCCGCCCCGGUCCCAGCCACCAGCACGACGCCCUGCGUCCGCCUGCACGGCCUGGGCCCAGCCUCAGACCCCGCCCCGCUGCUCGACGUCACCUGCCCACGGCUCCCACUGCGCGAGCCACUGCCGCUUGCCUCUUCCGUCCCCGAGCCCUGCGAUCUCCCUCCCCUCGCCAUAUCAGGCCCUCUCCAGCCGCCUUCCCCUCCUCCUCCUAGCGCACUCUCCCGGCGCUCGGCCGCCUCCCCCUCCUCCUCCUCCCUAUCGCGCCCACGCUCGCCUCCCGUGCCCUGCCUCUGUCCGUCACUUUUCCCUCCGCCAUCUGGGGCUCAUGCCGUCCCCUCUCCAGCCGCCCUCCGUCUCUCCGGCUGCUAUUCUUACCUCGUCAUCUCCCUGCCGUAUCCAGCCGCCCACCGUCAUGUCCGCGCCCGCGCCCGCGCGCUCCGUCCGGCUGGGUCAGCCCCAUGUUCGCUCUCUUCUCGCGCAGCUGUCAUAGAAACAUCACCCGUCCGCGCUGCGGCAACGCGUUCGCGUCUGCUGCGCCUGCGUGUGCAUGGCCGCGCACCCCUUUGCUCUCGCCGGCGGAUACAUGUCGGCCAUUCCCACCUGGGUGACCCCGCGAUGAGGUGCGGAUCGCUCGCACUCUCCCAGUGUGGCUGCUCUUCGCCCGCAUGGGCGGGGCAUGAUGCCCGAGCCGUCCCCGGGGUCCGUCCGGGCUCGCGCGGGCCAGCCCCUGCCGCGCUUGCCAGCGCGCGCGUUGUCGCAGGUGGCGUCAGGUGGCCCGAUGCCCGUCGCCCCGUUAAAUCAAUCUUCCCCAUGCCCGCUCCCACACCCCCGCCCACGUGCCUUCGAAUGGGAAAAUCGGCGCCGCCACUCCCUGGUGGCGCUGAUCAGCGGUUCCCGGUCGGCCUGCGAGGUACCGCGGUGCCUUGCGCGUGCCGCUCGGCCUGCCGCCGAUCAUGCGUGCCCCUGGCCCGCCCCCCGGCGCUGCCGCCACCUGCGCCACCUGCGCCGGGUGUGGUGCUCUUUUUGUCAUCGCGUUGUAAUGCGCGCCCGAGAAUGCCGGCCGCCUUCCCUGCGCAGGCGUGGCGUGGCGGCCAUCUCGAUGAUGCAAGGGGUGAGAUUCUGCAGAUGGCCGCGACACCGCCGGGCUGUCCAAUCGAUACGCGCGUUGGCGUCCGCGGCAUGCGCCAGUUUGCUUCCGCUAAAGCGCCCGCCUUCCCCUGCACAGCGAUCCUUCUCGCCCGAUCCGAGACGGCCAUAUGGUCGCACCCCCGCCCAUCACAACGCGAAGGCAACGAGGCACCGUCGGACGCUUUCCCCAGCGGCCCGCCAGCUCGCCGCCUUCAGUCCGCUCGCCCAUCUCCAUCACGCUUCGCGGGCGACCUUGUUCAGCGGCUCCAGGCCCCGCACUCCCAGGCUCCGCCCCCAUCGAGCACUCUUUUCCCCGGCGCAGCCCGAUCUGCGCUCGCCCGCGCGUGUGUGGCUGCGCUCAGCUGA